AUGUCGACCCUACGCAUCCCCUCGGGUUCGGGCGCCAAUUCCGGCACAUUCAACGCCGCGAAAGGCGCUCUCGCUGGAGCUGGUGUAGGUGCUGCCGCCGGUUCCUCGUCCGGCAACAAGACCACGCCCAAGACAUAUCCAUUCUGGCUGGGAGGAGCGGCCGGUUGCUGCGCAGCCAGCAUCACCCACCCACUCGACCUGACCAAGUACCGCCUGCAAACCGCCACGGUCAAGCAAGGCAUGUUCCGCACCAUCCUGCUCUCGGUGCGCAGUGAAGGCAUCACCAGUCUCUGGCACGGCCUCACCGCAACGUUGCUGCGCCAGUUCACCUAUUCUGUCACGCGCUUUGCCGUGUACGAAGACAUGAAGACGCGCGUCACCUCGCGUUCGGGCAAGGCGCCGACGACGGGCGAGCUAGCGCUGUGCUCCGGCACGGCUGGCGCUGUCGCCGGCGUCGUGGGUAAUCCGGCGGAGAUCGUGCUGGUGCGCAUGUGUUCCGACCUCAACUUGCCCAAGGAUGCACGCUACGGGUACCGCAACUGCGUCGACGGCCUUGUGCGCAUUGUGAAGGACGACGGUGCAGCUACACUGUUCCGCGGUCUCUCGCCCAACGUGUUCCGCUCGGUGGUGAUGAACAUCUCGCAGCUCGGAUCGUAUGACCUGUUCAAGGGUAUUCUGCAGAAACUCGACGUACUCCCCGACGGACCCGUCCUGCAAACCGCAGCCAGCUUCUGCGCCGGCACGCUCAGCACGACGCUCUGCACCCCCAUCGACGUCGUCAAGUCGCGCGUCCAGAACCUCAAGAAGGGCGCCGGUGCCAAUGUGGGCGUCUCGCAUGUCAUCCGCGAAGCACUGGCCAAGGAUGGACCCACGGUAUUCUUCCGCGGCUGGACCCCGGCCUGGUUGCGCUUGCAGCCCCAGACAACCCUGCUGUUCCUCUUCUUCGAGCAGUUCAAACAGCUCGUGGAUAAGAGGAGGGAAGCCAAGAGCGGUGGCGACGUGCGCACCAACAACUGA